AUGACAAAACUUCACGAGAACCAAGUUGUAAGAGUCGUCGCGUUCGUCUCGACAGCGUUCGUCCAGAAACAAAACUUCCCGGACGCAAAGACCAGAAAGACGAACACUUGCCGGAUCGCCAAACACCACCACAGACUCCUGAAACAGAAAGGCGUCACCUCACCCAGCACCAAGUACUACGAUUCGCGAACCUCUGCUCACAGGGUUGCCUUUUUUGCCGUCGCCGUCACUUUCGUCUUGCAUGGCAGUUCAUUUCCCCAAGUGUCUGCGUUCAGACCACCCGUCAAGGAUUCACCAAAGGGGGGAAAGGGAGUCCCCGAGACCGCCGCCAGGUCCCUAAAUUGGAAGAGAUAUCGAUCUUGA